AUGGAUACAGAGGAGUUCAGUUUCCCAAGAAUCACUGAUACUUGUUCACACAACAUUGAUUCACCUCCUCUGUGGAAUCUGUCACCAGCAGCCUCUCCUAAUCCCUACCAAGGAAGCAAAAGAGCAGAAAAUGAUUGCUUUGGAGCAAAACUAGUUGCUGAGGUUCAUAGAAAGAGUUUUUCUUGUGUGGAAGAUAGAAGGAAAAAGAUUGGAUUGGACGAGGAAGAGGAGGACAAAAUGGACUUGUUGUGGGAGGAUUUCAAUGAGGAAUUGUAUUCAACAACAACAGGUUCUGCUACCUCUUCUUCAAGGGAAGUUGUUGAAUUGAGAUGUGCUCAAGGAUUAACAGUUGCCAAGAGUAGUAACAGUCAUCUACUCCCCACUAAGAACAAGGCAGCCAUGCUGGUGAUUGUGAAAGUCAUGAAGAAGCUUUUCUCCAUCCAUAAUUCUCAAGGUAGAUCAAGAAAGAAGGUGAGAUAA